CAGAGAAACAGGAGAGAGAGAGAGAAGAGAAAUAAGAGAGACACGAGAAAGAAGAGAGACAGGAGAGAGAAGAGAGACAGGAGAGAGAGAAAGAAGAGAGAUAAGAGAGAGAAUUGACGAUAGCUUCCUAUUCGGCGAAGGUGAGACACCCGAGAUGGAAAGCAGGGCUUAAGACGCGUUGCAAGUCGCCCUUCGCGUGGUACGACGACCACGCCCACUUCGACGCCUACGGCCACGCCCACUUCGAUGACCACGCCCACUUCGACGCCCGAGACCACGCCCACUUCGACACCCGAGACCACGCCCACUUCGACACCCGAGACCACGCCCCCUACGCCUACGGUCCCGCCUACGACCACGCCCACUUCGACGCCCAUUUCGCCCACGAUCACGCCCGAGACCACGCCCCCUUCGACGCCCACGAUCACGCCCAUUACGCCCACGAAACCGACGCAGCGACCAAGAUCAACAACUUCUCCGUCGUGGGAGGGGGCGUGGUCGGCGUUGGGGGGGGCGUGGUCGGCUUCCCUCCCCCAGGCGGUUGGAUCAUCAACCAGCUGGGAGGAGACGCCCACGGACCCCCCGCGGCCUCGGACACACCCCAAAGGGCUUCGGGAUGGCUCGGUAGGGCGUCCGGUAGGGAAGAAGAAGCUCCACCUCUCCUCUUCCUCCUCCUUCCCUGAGGGCCUUCGAGGGAUGGCUUGUGCCCCACGGCCCGUCCCUGGGUCCCCCUAGGGGUCAGGUCGCUCCCCCUGUGCCCCCCACCGUGCCCCUGACCCCCCUCCCGCCCAGGAGGGGGGUGACCUUCCACCUCCCUCCCCGGCAUAUGAACAUCCCUCCCGAUUCCUCCUCGGAAAACGGGAACGAGAACGUGCGCGUGGAUGAGGAGGAGAAGGAAGAAGAGGAAGAGGAGGAGGAAGAGGAAGAGGAGGAAGAAGACGAUGAGGAGGAGGAGGAAGAGGAGGAAGAUGAAGA